AUGGAAACAACCAGAAAUGUCUUUGUAAUUGUGCUACUAAAUGUCUUCUUUUUUUGGAUUUACAGCCAAGAACUAAAUCCCAGUAGAAAUGUAUGCGAAGCUGGGCUCCAAUGCUGUAGUGGCUUUGCACAGCAAGGAGAUGAGUGCUUAAUACCAAUUUGUGAGAGUAACUUCACCUGCAAAGAGAAUGAAGUUUGUGUGCGACCCCACGAAUGCCGCUGUCGUUCUGGUUAUUUUGGAGUCACUUGUGACACGAAAUGUCCGUCCCAGUMCUGGGGACCUGACUGUAGGGGUAAGUGUGACUGCCAUCCCAACGGGAGUUGCGAGGAUGUCACUGGGGCCUGCACCUGUAACCCGAAUCGCUGGGGGCCAAACUGUGAGAGAGCCUGCGAUUGCCAGAAGGGCCAAUGCAACCAGGAGACAGGCGCUUGUACGUGCUACGCAGGCUUCUGGGGCUCCCAGUGCUCCAACAACUGUCACUGCAGCAUCAACUCUGUGUGUGAUGUGGGAACGGGCCAGUGCCACUGCAACCCCYGCUGGUAUGGGAGGAACUGUGGUGCUCAGUGUGCCUGCAACGGUUCUCCGUGUGACCAGCUCACCGGGCGCUGCAGGUGUCGACAGCGUUUGUGGGGUACUCACUGCGAGCACAUGUGCCAGUGUAUCCAUGGACGCUGUAACCAGGCGGAUGGAUCGUGCACCUGCAGGCCAGGAUUCAGAGGGAAGUUUUGCAGUGAGCCGUGUCCAGCUGGGUUCUACGGACAGAAUUGCAGAAACAGGUGUGGACACUGUAAAGGCCAACAGCCCUGCAAGGUGGCAGAGGGACGUUGCGUUGCAUGUGAACGCGGUUGGAAUGGCACCAGGUGUGACCAGAUGUGUGCUCCUGGGUUCUUUGGUGGAAACUGCGAGGACGUGUGCUCACCCUGCAAAGAUGGACACUUCUGCAACCGCAUCGACGGCAAUUGCCUCCACUGCAACCCUGGUUGGAUGGGUGAUCGAUGUGAGCUCAAGUGCCUGAAUGGAACCUAUGGAGAGAACUGUGRCAAUAACUGCAACAGCUGUUUCAAUGGGAUGUGUCACUUCGCUACGGGAGAGUGUCUCUGUGACCCUGGCUUCUCUGGUGCCUACUGUAAUGUGAGCUGUUCAGAGGGUCAGUAUGGGGUUAACUGUGCCCAGAUCUGUUCCUGCCAUGACAACAACUGCAACACAGUGACUGGACCUAACCAGAGGAUGGGUGUGAUGGCAGCAGGGGUGCUGGUCACCUGUCUCCUCCUCCUGCUCCUCUCCUUGUUGUGUUGCUGCUGUAUCUGUAGACAYAACAAACAGAACGACCCUGAGAAAAAAUCCAAAAGAAGCCUCUGUGGAGGGUUUACACGAAUCAGCUCUAAGCUUCCUUGCAUCCCACUGAGACGGCAGAAGCUACCCAAAGUUGAUGUGUCCCACCAUGACUCUGAGAAUACUUUCAACUGUAGUUUCAUCGAGCCCCCCUCCGCAGUGGAGCAACCCACCACCUGCAGGUCGUCCCGAGCCUCCUCUUCCGUAGAGACCACAGAGGAUGGACAUGUCUAUGCUGUCCCUGACGAACCUGGAGAACAGAACAAAAAUAAAGGGAACAGAAUCAACACAACAGAGACGAGAGUACUGGCUGAUUAUGAUGAUAUCUCUGAGGUAGACACAUUGCCGGAGAACAUGGACAUGACUAUGCAGGUCUCAGUUAACACCAGUGAGCUGRCACUCCAGAAGUCCUCAGAGAAUGAGGGCUCCUGCAGUGGCACAGUCAGCCAACAGCAUCUGCCUCCGGGCCCAUGCUCCGCAGCCACCCUAGCAGUCCAGCAAGGAGAACAGUGUAGGGUCAAACACUGUCAAAGAUAAUGGAAAGCCUAUAGCUGCUG